AUGGAGGAGUUGGAAUGUUUGGAACUAAGGCAAAAGCUGAAAGAAAGAUUUAGAAAGAAGAUGAAGAAAGAGUUGGGAAGUGUAAGUGCUUCGAGUUGCCGUUCGGAUAAUUUUGGUUCCUUCUUUGGACCUUCACAGCCAAUUAUAUCUCAAAGAGUAAUUCAAGAAAUGAAGUCCUUAUUGGAAAACCCCGAUUUGGCAGCUAAAAUUAUGAGGAAAAAUAAUAUUAUUGCUAGUUGUAAGGUUCAUAUGCUAAAAUACACAAGGGAUUAUUCGUUUUUGUUAUCUGAUGAUGUUCCUGCUCCUUCAAAACCUUCUUUGCUUCAAAAAGGUAAUUCUGAUUCACGGUCAGCACCAAAAAACCAGUCUUCAACAGUGCCUAGACAAAACCCUUCAAAACUGCAACCUUCCAUUUCAAAACAGAAAAAGAUGAUUCAGAAACCAGAUGCAAAUGUUCCAAAAGUUUCUUUGCCUCAAAAAGGUUCUACUCCCAAUUCUUUCAAGUCUUUGGAUGUAAAGAGACCCAUGCCUAACUUGUCUAGACAAAAUCCUUCAAAACUGCAACCUUCCAUUUCAAAACAGAAAAAGAUGAUGCCUAGCAAGCCAAAAAUGAUUCAGAAACCAGCAGCAGCUAUGUCAUCCUCAAGACCUGCGGUGGCAAUGCAGAAACAUUCAGUAGUGCCCUCCUCUAAACCUCAGGUUGUAAUGCAGAAACAACGAGUGGUUCCAUAUUCUAGACCCCCCCAACCGCCUGUGAAAAAUCCAGCACAACGCCCGGCAAAGAGGAGAUUGGAUAAAGAAGAAGAAGAAGAAGAAGAUGGAGCAGCAGCAGCUAUUAGUAUGAUUAGACAGAUGUUUGGGUAUAAUCCCAAUAGGUACCGCGAUGAUGAUGAUGAUAGUGCUAUGGAGGCUGGUUUUGAUGACAUACUGAAGGAGGAAAGACGGAGUGCCAAGAUUGCGAGGAAGGAGGAUGAAGAAGAGCUACGUAAGAUACAAGAAGAGGAACAAAUGAGAAGACAGGCAAAGAAGCGCAAGAUGACCUGA